GUGCUAACGAUGCGAGCAGCCAGGCUGUGAAUCAAGUAACCUGUGGGGCGUUCUACAAUGCACCGACUUACGGCACGAACCUGUCGAAGGAACAGAAUGUCAAUAGCGCCCUUGAAACGGAUCAACGCAACAAAUUCACUGCGUCACAUGGCUCGUCGUGUGUCAUAGCAAAGGAAACUUCUGCCAGUGUGUUAUCAACUGAUACUUUUGGUGGUGACACUUUCGACCCAGGCUUGAAUGGCCUAAAUGCUACAUACUGCAUUGAGCCGAUCAGAGGGCCUGUUAACGAACAAGUCCCCAGCUAUCGAAUGCUCCAAUAUCCUGGUCAAGUUAUAGGCUACGGAACAAAUUACUUUCGCGAAGCGGUUGGUCAGAGUUCAUUUGACAGCACCUUAGGAUACCGCGAGCCAAAACGGAGGUACAUGAACGAAAAGAUGGGCAACUGUGGGGUUGUCGAGGAUCCUGAGAACAACCUCGCCUACAGCACCCCCUCAGAUACAUUUCACGAAGCGAUCGACCAAAACACGUACGUUGUCCAUGUAACGGCGGGAUACAACGGUCACACGCAAUUAUCUGAUGACCGAUCAGACAACUCGAAUGUCUUCACAGGCUCAAAUACAAACGCCCAUAAUACACACAUCUUUCCUGGAAGUGUCGGGCAAGACGCCAACCUCGAAUACUGGGCAGACUAUUACGACCAAGUACAAGGGUCCAUAAUCAACCGCUCGUACAACAUGGUCGACUUCAAUAGCAGCUCUAAUGAAGCAUUUGCAAGUGUUCCAGAGUUCUUUCCUCGGAAAGUCCAGGAAGCUCUCAGCAGCACGCAGACCCCCAUCGUCGCCACGGGCUACGAACCCGCCAUCGUGAACGGCUCCGGCGGAAGGUCGAACUUGCAGAAACAAGUAUUGCCCGGGACAGUCGGACAGUGUGUCCGCGACGACUCCUCCGGGUCUGCCACGACCGCAGAGGACAGCCUCACAGCGCCCUCUGUGAAGGUGGUGACACCGGGAGUCUCGAGUGCGGAGGAGAUCGCCGUACCGUGGGAAAUUGGCCCGCAAGCCUGUCCGGGCGGGUGCGCGGAGGAGAUGAGGUCCCUCGAGCUUCACGCAGCCCUGGAAAGUCUCAAGCCGAGCGAGCGAAAGCUCAAGUGGCCGCUACCCAUCCCGCUGUUCGUGAAGCCGCGCGACAAGAGCCUGUCGUUUCGCUUCGUAGACUACGGCUGGCUAUCCCAGUGCGUCUACCUCGCCGCUCAGGAGGAAGUGUUCGCCCAGACAUUGGAUCACAGGGGAUGGCUGAAAAUCUUCGUGAAGUCAACCAGAGCCGCGCACAACCUGGUCCAGACGGAGACACUGGCGGGUAUGCGAGUGAAGUGCAGUGUAGUCAACAGCUACUCCAACAGCGUCGGCUACGUUCGUAACGUGCCGCGGCGCUACACGGACACCGCGCUGUUCGAGAUACUCCAGGACCAGGGCGUCAUCUGCGCCCAGCGCCAGAGCGGAUUCAUGCGGUACACCAACGGCUCUGUCGGAGACACGACCACGGGAACGGUGGUGCUCACGUUCCUGCCCGACCGACGGCUGCCGAAGACGGUCACCAUCGGCCUUAUUUCUUACGAGGUCACGCGCAGGCUCACCCUACCGAUACAGUGCUUCAACUGUCAGCGCCUCGGCCACUACGCCAAAAACUGCACGAUGACCAUUGCGUGCCGACUCUGUGGGAGCGCCCACUACUACACGGAGUGCAAGGACCGGAACAAGCCGCACUGCGUCAACUGCGGCGAGGGACACCCGUCCACCUACUGGCGUUGUCCCGUGCGCCUCGUGUUCGCGUCGUCGGACUCGCGCAACUCGUGGCUCGAGAGCGCAGUCAAGUCGUGAGCGGCGGCUACCGCUGCCACGCGUCCUCAAUAA